AUGGCAUUAUCUGACUAUGGAGCCCGAUCCAAACCCUUCACCAAAGCUCAGCGCGGCCCAGCCCAACUCAAACCCCUUGUCACAGCGACGCUCCGGCAAGCGCGCCGCCUCACCCGCCGCCGCAGCCCUGAGCCGGCACUCCCCAUUGCUCCAGCCCCCGUUGCACCACCACCCGCGAACUCACCCCCCUCUAUGCCCACCGCUUCUCUCUUCCUCACUUUCCUCCCUCCCGAAAUACGUGCGCGGAUCUACCACUUCGUCUUUGCGGGCCGGGAGCUGCUACUCGGCGUACGUUGGAACAUCUUCACGUGCAGACCUUCGAGGGGCGCUCUACGGUACAGGGAGAUUAAUUCGGAUCACACGGGCGGAAAGUGGCAGGCGGGCUGGCGGGGAGAGGUGGUUAGGGAGUACCCUGACAACUACCAGUAUCUGGAGUUUAAACAGGAGCCCGGCGAGGAGAGGAAGUUGCUUAAACAGGAGCCCGGCGAGGAGAGGAAUUUGCUCGGGCUAGCGCUAUGUUGUCGACAAGUCUACGCGGAGUCGAUCAGGUUCUUAUAUGCCUCGACGGGCUUCACGUUUUGGUACCAGCCGUCGCUAGGGCAGUUCGUGCACGGAAACACGAAGCGCGUGGAUUACAUGCGGUGGGUUCGGGUGAUGCGGCUGGAGUUCCAGUUUAGUGUCCCAGUUGUUGCCGGGGGGGUUGAUGUGCGUGCGGGGUGGAACGAGGUGCUGGACGGCCAGGAUUGGGAGGAUAUAUGUCGUUGCUUGGGGUUGAUGACUGGGCUUAGGGUGCUGCAUGUUUCUAUACUUCCGUCCGAUACAUUGGUGAAUCAGGAAUGGGCGGACGAUAUGGUUUGGGCGAUGCUGGAGUUGCUUAGGACGGCGAGGGCGGAUGAGUUUAGAGUGUCGGUCCGGAAGCCGUUUAUGAAGUUUAGAGAGGUGCUGGGGGAGGCGCCAUUUGAGCUGUAUGAAGUGUAUGAGGAUUACUGAGAUGCGGGAAGGGCGAUGAAUAUUAGGAGGGACUAUAAGAUAGAUGUAUUGUAUUUCCGGACCGUAUCUAAGAUGAUUAUAAGUGGGAAGUCGAGAAGCUAAGCGCUAUCUUGUAGCGGCGAUUUCAUAUCUUCCAAUUUACAGUAUCUUAAUAAUCAAUACUAGCA